GGCUUUCCUCAGCUGCUCCAUCGUCAGUUCCACCAAAAGGCUGCUGGUAAGAAGCCUCGAACUCAGCGCUGCAGGACAAACUCUCUGCUCAGCAGCAGAUUUCAGAAGAUCAGCAGUAGAACCUGAAAACAGACGCCAGCACAGGAAUAUCAGAGGAAAGUGAUAGUGAUGGUGUGCGGGUGCAGGUUGGUGCUGGUGGUGGCUCUGCUGCUCUGUUUGGGUGUGCAGUUGUCUGCCUCUCAGCACUGGUCUCAUGGCUGGUAUCCUGGAGGAAAGAGAGAGAUCGACUCGUACGGCUCACCAGAGGUGUCGGGGGAGAUUAAACUGUGUGAAGCGGGAGAAUGCAGCUAUCUGAGACCCCUGAGAACCAACAUCCUGAAGAGCAUCCUGCUGGAUGCCCUCAUGAGGGAGCUCCAAAAAAGGAAGUGAUGUCACACUGCAGCGUCAAGGCAGUCACCAUAGAAAGCCCCUAUCGAGGGAACAAGCACAUUUGUUUACGUUUACGUUAUAGUAUUUCUGAGCUUUCCAUUCUUCUUUUGCAAAUCAGCCCUGUUUGUGCAUCAUGUGACCAUUUAGCACUUCAAUAAAAUCUUUAUUUUGGUAUUU